AUGUCGGAAUGGAGCGGAUUUUACUACGCUUCUGCCAACCCCUUACCCACCUUUGCUCGAAAGGCAAAGGCUGAAAAGGAGUGGCAUCGCCCUGAAACUCCCCCACGGUCCAUUUCAGCUUCCCACGACAUCAAAUCCAACACAAGACGUCCCUUUCGGCAUACGAGAACCUCUAGUGGCAGCCAGCGUAGCGGCAGUCGCUCGUCGCACGAGUCGUCUCUCGUGCAUUCCAGCUCCAGCCCCGUCGCCAAAAGCGGCCCCGCCUUGGAGGAAGACAAUUCUCAUUACUCGCACUCCAAAGUCCUAUCAUCUGACUCGCGCCGACAAUCUUCAACAUCGACGUCAACCUCAUAUAAGCCUCGUAUCAACUCAACGUCUACCAUUGGCGCAACGGCACCUUUACCUUCCCCUAUUAUCUUCAAUCGCCCCGUCAUUAUCGAUAAAUCUCGAGAACGCGAGCUCCUUUCCCGUCACUCAGGAGCGGCUACUCCUACCUACGGCUCUGUUGAUCUGAAAAAUGUCACCAUGUACUCCCAGCUGGAAGCAAGCAACAAACCUAUGUCAGGGACAACGAAGCAGAUAAACCUCGGUUUCCCUCGAACAGAAUCAGUAUCUUCCACGAGCGGCCAGACGACCGCCUCAAACCACACAAUGACUUCAACAGACCCCUCCAACUCAUCCGACCCUGCGAUGAAACCAUUUAUCGUCAAAAAUGGACGUACAUACUUCAAUGAUCCUACAUCGGCAUAUCCUCUCCCCACCGAUCUCACCGAGCUCCAUCGCCAAAGCUUGCGAACACUUCUCAUGAUUCAGGUUUACGGCGCACCUGUUUAUACACCAUUCAUCCAAAACAACCCUCCACAGCGUGUGUUGGAAAUUGGAUGCGGCACAGGUUUUUGGAGUAUGAUGUGCCAUCGAUACUACAAAGAUAGAGGCCACACCGGCAUCCAGUUCACAGGCAUCGAUAUCGCGCCUCUAGCACCCGGUAGUCCUGGAUCCCCAGCCGAGCUUUGCAAACCAGACAAGGACAUGAAAUGGCGAUUUGUUCAGCACGAUCUUCGUCAGAGACCAUGGCCCUUUGGUGACGAAGAGUUUGACUUGAUCAUGGUCAAAGACGCAUGCCUGAUGGUUCCAAGUCAUGUUUACCAACUCUUUGUCGAAGACUAUCUCCGUCUGCUCAAGCCUGGUGGUGUGUUGGAAAUUUGGGAUAGCGAUCCAACAUUUCGCAUGUUGCGACCACAUGUCCCAAGCGCAUUGCCAGGGUCGGAAGAGGCAGAAGAGCAUGAGGCCGCACUUGACCUAGGCGCUUUCCUCAUGACAUCAAAAACCCCGCUGUCUGCGCCAUUGAACUCAUUCCUGGUUGAAUAUAACACAUGGCUGUCGCGAACUCUUGAAGGUCGACAAUUGUCGCCGGUGCCGUGCUCUCUAAUCAGCGCAGUGCUCCUUCAAGAGUCAGAAGACCUGAUGGAUAUCAAGUCGAAACGUCUAGCCAUUCCUCUAAGCGAAGUCCGAUGGGAGCGCGAAGGUGUCGGCGGUGUUGUUACAAAGGAUGGCAAGUCGUAUGUGGAGAUGAAGGCCAAGUCAGCACCAAACCAAAAGGUUGAAAAGAAGACCCUGACCCCUGGACAAUCUGCACUACGCAAAACGGCGCUCUUGACCGUUGCGCAACAAGUGUCGGCACUGGAGCCAAUUCUUCGAGAUGCAAGCGGCAAGAGCCAAGAUGAGUGGGAUGCUUGGGUAGCCAAGAUGAUGGCGGAUUUGAUGAGUGAGACUGGAACAAGCUGGGGAGAGUGCCUAGAAUUGGGAGUAUGGUCAGCAAGGAAGAGGUUGCGCAAGGGCGAAUCCUGA